UCAUCCAAACACGACCAUCCAAACAUAAGAGUUCCAUUUUUUGUCAGUGAUCACAUUUCUUCAAGAUGUUUACAAUAACAUAAACCGUUUGCUGGAUUUGAAUACACGAAUCAUCUGCGAAUAAGAACAUUUGACCAAUAAGUGCAAGAAACUGUGAUAAAUCUGAGACUGAUACAGAGUAUAAACUACCUUGGUAACCAUGGCGUCCUCCCUAACAACGCCAACAAUCACAUUGGAGGCUAGUCCUGUCAUACAACAGCCCAUCUCUAUAGCCAAUCAGGACCUCAACAAUGUGUCACUGGACAGCGAUUAUUCAGACGCUGAGGAAGACCUGACAAUGUCUGCCAAACAAGCAGAGAGAAGAACAACAUUACGCCGACCACUAUUUUUCAGAAGAUCAAAGUUGUCAAAACAGUCGAGUAUUGAAGGAGAAGAGGAGGAUGAAGUUGACCAGGUGCUGAGCGGAAAAUCAUCACCCAAGAUUGACUUUCUGGCUGGCACAUGUAAAGCUGCGGAACAAGCCGAGGAGUUUGUGAAAAAGGUGUGGGCGGGGGCGUGGCGGGUUGUACACCACCACUCCCUCCCAGACUGGCUGAAAGACAAUGAUUUCUUACAUACUGGCCACAGACCCCCCACCAACUCAUUCGUACAGUGUUUUAAGUCAAUAUUCCGCAUACACACGGAAACCGGCAAUAUAUGGACGCAUCUACUUGGUAUGAUAGCGUUUAUGGGUGUGGCGGGUUACUUCCUGUCGAGGCCGUCCCUUGAGGUCCAGUGGCAGGAGAAGGCUGUGUUCUCUGCAUUUUUUGUGGGUGCUAUUUUAUGUCUGGGAUUCUCCUGGCUGUUUCACACUGUGUACUGCCACUCAGAGAGGGUCGGCAGACUCUUUAACAAGUUGGAUUACUGUGGAAUUGCCCUGCUGACCAUGGGAUCAUUUGUACCCUGGCUGUACUAUAGUUUCUACUGUGACCUGGGACCAAAGAUCGCCUACCUUGUACUUAUAUUUGUACUUGGUACUUCCUGUAUUGUCGUGUCAUUGUGGGACAAGUUUGCCCAGCCUCAGUACCGGGCAGUCCGAGCAGGUGUUUUUAUAGCCCUUGGUUUAAGUGGUGUCAUCCCUGCCCUACACUAUGUCAUCAACGAAGGAUUUUACAAUGCCAUCAACUUUGCGGCCCUUGGAUGGCUAGUGCUCAUGGCUGUGUUGUACAUUGUGGGUGCAGUCAUAUAUGCUGUAAGAAUCCCAGAAAGACUUUUCCCGGGAAAAUUUGAUAUUUGGUUCCAGAGCCAUCAAAUCUUCCAUGUCUUCGUCCUGGCAGCAGCCUUCGUACAUUUCCACGGAAUAUCUAAGAUAGCCACAUAUAGACUGACCCUUGGUGACUGUCUGGCUACAGAGUUACAGUGAAGACUCACCUGUCGGCUCUCGAUCAUCUCACACUAUCCUAUACUAUCUCUAGGAGUGUACACUGUCUACAGCACCAUGGAGCACAUUGGGUAGUCGAACAUUAUGAUUGGUUGGUUUGGAGCAACUGUAAUAUUUGCACCAAUCACUUCGGAGUAGGUUAUUUGUUCAGACUAGUUGUUGACUGGAGAAGUCAGGAGCUUUUUUCAUCUUCCGGGAAGCUGGUCAUUUUCUCUGUUGGAAGGUAACGGACUGUUCACCGAAGUUUGUUGUACACAAAAUGUUUGAGAGUUUAUACUGUUAAGUUUGUUCCUAUUUGUCAUCUUGUCAGAGAUACACUUAAAAUAAACGUUCAUAUUGUUAUAUGUACUUCUUAAAGGAAUGUGAAACUUCACGAUAUUUGUUACUAUUAGGGGAUUUGUAUAAAGAUAUUUGAAUGAUGACCUAGGACCAAGGUCUUGUGCCUACACUAGACUGUCUUUGUCAUCCCUAAUACUCAGCUUAACAACAGGGGUUUUAUAUUUAAUUGAAGAAUGUUUUCCCUGUAACUUCAAACCAGUGUUUCUUUUACAAAGAGAUAUUAUUUUUCAAAUUUACCCCAAUACGUAUUACCAUAAAUUUCUCCAUUUUGAAACGGGAUGUAAAUGUGAUUUGUAUGUAUUUUGAAGAAAAAUGGGGGAAUGGGGCGACAAGUAUUGAAAAAUAUUGCAAACUGAUGAAAUUAGACAAAAGAAUUUUGGAAUAAUAUUUGUAUAUAAGCUAUUAUUACCUGUGUGGACUGGUUAAUUAAGAUUUUAUUUUGAGACAUCACUGGUGUGUAUAUUAAGCACAGGGACCUGUAAAUAUAUUAAUAUAAUACAUGUAUCAGUAUGUAAACCAGAGAACACUGUAGCCAUGACUGAUGUACAGGUUUAGGUUUUUAGUCUGUGUAUGAGGGAUAUGUAGCAAGUAACCAUACACUUGUGUAUAGGACAGAAUGUAGCUACCAGAUUGUAUAGACAAUUGGAUUACAAGACUCUGUGUCAUGUAUAUUGUAUCAACUUAUCAGACUGAAGAGCCGCUGGUCGCUGGUAUGAUAAUGUAAGAGAUACACUGAUUGGACUAUUGAUUUAGAGAAAUGAUCAGUGUGAAGCGAGAAGAUGAUUUUAACAUAUCAAAAACAAUGUGUGAAUGGUCAAACACCAUUGAUGUCAUCUGUGUAUUCUGACAAAUGUGGAUUUUAACCAUUUAAUGUGAUGUGGAAAUGAUUGGAUUUGGUGAUGACCAUCAAAAACAUAUUAAUUUCUGUGAUAUUGCGAAACAUUAUUCAAAUAAACGUGAUAUAUAUUGAUAAAAUUAGUAUAUAUAUAAAAGAGUUUAUUUCUACAAACAUUGUACAUAUAGAUCCAGUCAAUACAUUAUAAGGAAAUUGUUCUGAGGAAAGUACACAUGUUUGUGGGGAUAGAAGUAGCCAAAACUGAACCUUGUCUAAUUAAUUUGUUGUCAAUCUGAUUAACACCAGAAUUUACCGCUGCCAUAUUUAUCAGGCAAUAAGACCAUGGUAGUCCAGCCACAUCUGUUGUGGUCCAGUAAGAAAUACAUUUGUCCACCCUACUAAUGAGUUAACAUUUUUUCUGUGGUGGCCACCUUUGGCUUAUUACAGGAUAAAUAUGGUAUACUGCUUUAUGUAUUACUAUACCUCUGCAACGAAGUUAGGGGGGUAUACUGGAAUCAGGUUGUCUGUCCGUCCGUCCGUCCGUCUGUCUGUAGACACAUUUUGUCCGGACAACUCCUCCUAAACCGA